AUUUUUAUCAAUGGAGAAAUUAACAAUUUAUUAUAUCAUUAUAGAUUCGUCUAACCUUAUGCAAUUAUGAAUCUAACUUUUGCUUUUGCAAAUUUUUAUUUACAAAUGUAAGAUCCAGUUGGCAGUAAAAAAAUUCACAAGAAAAAUAUAAAACUAUGAAUUCUAUACAAGAGAAAAUUCCAACACAAACGGAAGUUGGUCUUCACCUUGGUUUACCAUUAGCAAAAACACUAUUUGCUUAUGAUCAUCAAGAAACCAAAAAAUUGUUAGGAUUAAUACCACCACUAAAGCAAGUAUCCAGAGAUCUCUGGAUUUCACCGUGUGCACAAAUAAGCAAAAAAGUUUUAAGCUUACCAGAAAAUAAUAAUAUAAUUAAAGAAUGCACACAUUUAGGAAUACUUGCCUUAGGGCAAGAUCUAUUAAAUAAAUUCAAAGCAGAAAUUAAAGCAAAUAUAAAGAAGGAAUUUAAAAAACAGUUAAUCGAUCAAAAAUAUUUAUGUGAAGCUGAAAAGCGCCAAGCAAUUAAAAUCAAUACAGGAGAAAUCCAUAUGAUGUGGCAAAAAUAUAUUAAUACCAUAGAGUGUGAUAUGCAGAAAGAAUUACAGAUUGAACUUGCGAAAGUUAUUAUUAAAUGUAAUAGAGAGAUACAGAAAGCAGUGGUACAACAACGUAUAAAUAUGACACAACAUAUGUUAAGAAAAAUACGUAAUGAAAUGUCUUAUAUGGUGGCAGAUCUUUAUGAAGAAUUUGAGCAAACUCGCAGAUCACAUAUAGAAAAUAUUAUAGCAGAUGUUAAUGAGAUUUUAAGGAAGGAACAUAUGAAAAACAAUAGAAAAAUAGAAAAAUUGAAAAAGGAAAAAAUGGAAUCAUUAUAUGUUCAAAAAGUAAAACUUGAGACAAAGAAUAUAGCUAAUGUUAUGUACAUGCUUUGCCUUGAAAGAUUACAUUCUAAUCUAGAAAAACAAAAAAUACAAAAUAAUUUCCAGAACAAAUUCAGUAAUUUGCAAAACAUUAUUUUGGAUUUAAAGAAAAUGUUAAAUACGGCCGAAGAAAUUGUUGAAAGAUAUCAAAGCAAUAAUGAAUUGUUAAAAGAGAAAUUUGAUAAGAUUAACCAAGAAUUUCAUAAGUUUGUCACUUUUGUAUUUAAUACCGUACCAAACCAGGCUGAGUUUGUAUUACCUUCAGAAUCUAUUUAUUCGCAACAAAUGAAUCAGACUUUAAAUGAAAAAUUAGAUACAAAAAAAUAUAAUACAAUAUGUCAGAAUCUACUGUUAGAAAAACAUAAUUGAUUAAAAAGAUGGUAAUAAAAUUAG